UAUUCACCCGACUGUUGUAACUACCGCACCUACGCAAGGUUUGCAAUUCAUGGACGCGUUUUACGCCUGAGGUGAAGCACGUGUCGCUCUGCUUACGCUGUUUGCGUACAAUCUCCUCGGCGGGGCUGGGUGGGACGUUAGCAUUAUCUGUAGCGUUACCGGCUGCGGCUCUGUGAUACCGGGCAUGAGUUUAACCGCCCGCUGAACUACAGGAGCUGAACCGCUGAAUGAGAGCCGCUGAGAGACUGUACAGACACCGAGUUACUGAAGCGACUCCCGACACACUGCAGACAUGGCCAAACGCAGGAUUACACAGGAGACGUUUGACGCUGUGGUUCGGGAGAACAUUGACGAGUUUGAGAUGGACGAAAGUGAAGCUCUGAGAGAAGCUAUUGAACAGUUUGAAUCUCAAGGUGUGGACCUCAGUAGCAUUGUGAAGGCAGUGCCCAAAGCUUCUUCUGAAGAAACCACAGAGGAUCAGACUCACGAAGUUCUUCAGGCUCUGGAGUCUCUCAGAACUGCUCUAGAGUCCUCCUCCACAUCCAUGCUGGCUGAUCUGAAGCUCUUCACAGAGCAGUGCUCUCUAGGUUUCGCUCAGCGUUACCUGGCAGCGCAGAAAGAGGCCUAUCCCACAAUCCUCUCCUGCUGCCAGAGGGCUGACGAGGACAAACAGAAGCUCUCUGCUGCUCUAGCUGCUCUCUCCGCCCUCACAGAUGGACAGCCGGAUCUCCUGGAUGCAGAAGGUCAGGGGUUUUUGAUCGGCACCUUACGCACCCACCAGGAGGACCCGGCUCUUACCUGCCUGGCCGUCCAGACGGUUCGUCACUGCUGUCUGAAGCACGAGCAGAACAGGCAGGACCUGGUGAAGGCAGGUGUUCUGAGACUGCUCGCCGGUGCCAUCACAAAGCAUGUGAAACGACCUGAGGUGGUGAAGGAGGCUUGUAUCGCUCUAAGAGUCAUGACUUUCGACGACGACGUGCGCGUUCCUUUCGGCCAUGCUCACGAACAUGCCAAAAUGAUCGUUCUGGAACAGAACGGAUUAAAGGUCAUUGUGGAAGCUGCUAAAGCCCACCCUGAGAACAUGCCGGUCCUCAGUGAGCUGUGUGCCACUCUGUCCCGUCUCGCUGUGAGGAACGAGUUCUGCCAGGACAUUGUGGAUCUCGGAGGACUGAAGUUUAUGAUGACACUGCUGGCGAACAGCUUGGACUGUCAGGAUCUUGUAAAGCAGGUGUUAAGUGCACUGCGGGCGAUUGCAGGCAACGAUGAUGUGAAAGAUGCCAUUGUGAAUGCAGGCGGGACUGAACUUAUAGUCAUGGCAAUAAACCGACAUUUAGGGAAUGGACAGGUGUGUGAGCAGGGCUGUGCUGCUCUGUGUGUGCUUGCUCUACGGAAGCCCAAUAACUGCAAAGUCAUCAUGGAGAGUGGAGGGGCACUGGCUGCGCUGCAGGCCAUGAAGACCCAUCCGUCUGAAGUCAAUGUGCAGAAACAGUCCUGCAUGCUGCUGAGGAACCUGGUCGCCCGCACUCGGGACUUCAGCCAGUCCAUACUGGAGAUGGGAGCGGAGGCUCUGAUUGGUCAGGCUCUGGCCUCUCACAGGGACUGUGGAGACGUGGGCAGGGCCGCUCUCCGGGAUCUGGGCUGUCAGGUUGAACUGAGAGAACUCUGGACUGGCAACAAAGGAAGCCUUGCUAACUAGAGGAAGACUCGGGUUGCCAGAUUGAUUCGUCACUCACUGUGGGAAAAACAUGGAAGAGACUUACUCCAACCGUUAAACAUCAAAUCAAACAUUGUACUGAACUGAGACCAACACCAUUUCCUCGCUGAUGCACUGUUCAAAAAACACUCUUUAAAUAUUGUUACAGUUUAAAUAUUUUUACCUUUUUUAUUUUAUGUUUUAAUGCCCUUAUUUUGUAUGUUUUCACUGAUAUGUGGCAUUUUUUUUAUGUAAUUAAAUAUGUCGUCUUACUGGAAGAACACACAUUAACAGGAAUACUUUUGGAAGAAGUGUACUUAUUUAGCUCAGAAUGUGCUUUGCUCUUCAGCCACUUUGUGACGGUGUUUCAAACCUGAAGCAUAACUCAGACACUGCCAUCAGCCACCUGCAGUGAUUUUAUCUUGUAUCAACACUUAGCAUUAUUGUGCAUGAGAGCAGAUUCAAUAAAUUGGUCUAUAUCAUUGAAUAAGCAGUAAAAUAUGUACUGACAAAGUCUGAAGACUCCUCAGUGGUACUCUGACAACAAGCUCAUAUAUACAGUAUAUGUGUAAAACAAUUCCAACUGAAAAAUUUGAAAAUAAAGAUGCCUUUAAAACUA